AUGACUCCGGAGCAGGAGGUCGAGUUCCAACGCCUCGAAGAGUACGGCUUGGACCUAGAACACGAAACACCGGAUACCCUCGUACGUGGGUUCCUCUUCGCUGAAAGACACGAGAUUCGAGAGGCCAUUGUACGAUUCCGCCAACGCUUUAAAUCGAUCGAGAUGCCCCGCGCCAAAGCAUACGAGCAGGAGGAAUGCAUAUUGGCAGCUCUUCGCAUCCAAGAGCUCGUAUCAAAAUUAAGCAGCCAAGUUGAGGCAGCUCUCAUGGAACUCCUUCCUGAGAAGCAAGUGGGCGGGCUCCUACCAGCAGACAAAACUCGUGUGGCAGAGGCUAUAGCGCUGGACCGUGAGCAGGACGCAGCGGAACAUGGAAACGACUACGGGCUCAUCAAGGCUCGCAUAGCCACGUGGAUAGUCCGUGACAUUGGUCUACCGGAAAGUACCCAGGAGUAUAGGCUGAUGCGCGAACUCAGUCGCGUUGAUGAGGAACCCCAAGACCCCGCCAACUUUAACGUGCCAUUCAACGUGUUGCUCGCCCUGAGGCGGAAGCGUGGCGAGGCAGAGCCAGAAUCUGUCCAUCGAAGUUUCCCUAGCAGUAUGGUGGGGCGACCUACUACAUGCGCGUUUGGAGAUGUGUCUCGGCUCUCGAUGCAUGUCCUAGCCGAAUGGCAGCCGAAAAGUCAAGAAGUCUAUGAUUAUUUAUUGGGCUACACGGAAGAACGGUAUGGAGGCAGUCUGACUGGUGUGGAGGCCGGCGCAGCGCUUGACCGAUGGCUGGCUGAACACCCAUUCCCGAGAAACGUGGUGUGGGACAAUGACGGCGUCGUGAAUAGUGAAGAGGCCCAGAACGACACGACGGUCGGUGAAGAUGCUGGAACACGCAUCGUUAAUGAUGGCGACAUUAAUCCCGACCAUAACAGUUUGAAGACUCGUGGAGUGCGGACUGGACACUUGGACGGCAACUUACGCCACAUCGACUGA